AAAGGUUAUACCAAUUUGCCUUCUCCAAAUUUCUAUGAAUAAAAAGAGUAGAAAGCUCUAACCUUUGAUCUUGACUUGACAUACCCAAUAAAAUCCCUUAUGCAUUUUACUUAUUUAUUACUUAAAAAUCCAAUCUUUAUUACUAUUCAAAAAAUAAAAAUACAAUCUUUAUUAAUUUUUCAUUCUAUUUUUUUUGCUUAUUGACACUUAACAAAUCUUAAAAGCCCGACAAAAAGAGACGUUGGAUUAGAGAAGAAGGAGGCAUGUGGGCUUCCUAUGCUUCUUCAUUCUUGGAUUAAAAUAUCAUCAAUUUUGGGAAUGGAAGGAGGCAAAGCUAAGAGCAAGUUUACUAGGAUUUGUGUCUUUUGUGGAAGCAAUUCUGGUCAUAGAAAAAUCUUCAGUGAUGCUGCUCUUGAAUUGGGAAAUGAAAUGGUAGAGAGGAAGAUAAAUUUGGUGUAUGGUGGAGGAAGUGUUGGGUUAAUGGGUUUGAUAUCAAGAACAGUCUAUGCUGGAGAUUGUCAUGUUCUUGGGGUCAUUCCUAAAGCUCUUAUGCCUCAUGAGAUAUCUGGUGAAAGUGUUGGAGAAGUAAGAACUGUUUUGGAUAUGCACGAGCGAAAAGCUGCAAUGGCUCGAGAAGCUGAUGCGUUUAUUGCUCUACCUGGAGGAUAUGGGACAAUGGAGGAGUUGUUGGAGAUGAUUACAUGGGCUCAACUUGGGAUUCACAAGAAACCGGUUGGUUUGCUAAAUGUAGAUGGUUAUUACAAUUCUUUGCUAGCAUUAUUUGACAAUGGUGUUCAAGAGGGAUUCAUCAAACCAGGUGCUCGGGAAAUCGUUGUCUCUGCUCCAACUGCCAAAGAACUCAUGAUAAAGAUGGAGCAAUAUGCUCCUUCUCAUGAACACAUUGCAUCUCACGAAAGCUGGCAGAUGGAACAACUUUGCGAGUACCCGAGCAAAGACAAUUCGAGGUGAUCGAAACUGUUAUUCCCUAUAUUUCUGAUGGUGAUUCAUCUGUUCUUGAAAUGUGUAAAAGAAUUCAUUUUUAUGGGACCAAAUUACUGUUCAUUGCCAUAAUCUUGUUUGUUGUUCUCUUUCUAUAUAAUUUGAGUUCUAGUAAUUAAAUUUUCCCUUCUCCUUUGACCA